AUGGGCCGGUCGAUUGAAGAGGCCAACGACUACGGCCAACCAAAUUGCCCCCUCUUUCUUUUUGACAAGUCAAGCAAAAGGCACUGUCUUAUUGACACUGGGGCUGACGUGUCUGUAAUUCCACCGCCAAAACCCAAUAAGCUGUUCCCAUCUGAUUUUAAACUUUAUGCUGCAAAUUCAAGUUCAAUCAAAACUUACGGCAAGCAACUUAUCAGUUUAUAUUUAGACUUGAGAAGACGUUUCAAAUGUAAUUUCAUCAUAGCAGACGUCUCAAAGCCAAUAAUUGGCGCAUAUUCUCUUAAGGCUCAUGGACUUUUGGUAAACAUUAAACAAAAGCGUUUGAUUGAUCCUUUAACAUCAUUAACAGUCUCAACUAAAAUAAUCAAAGGACCAUCUUCAUUUUUAACACCCCUCGAUAGUAAUAAUCUAGUUCCAGAUAUUCAUUCUCUACUGCAAGAAUUUAAAAACUUAUCUUCAGAAAAAAUAGAACUGAAUAAAGUUAGUGUCAACCAUAAUGUCACUCAUGCUAUUGUUACAAAAGGUCCACCCAUAACAUCUAGAGUGCUUAGAUUGGCUCCAGAAAAACUAAAAAUCACCAAAGCAGAAUUUGACUACAUGCUUGAGCGCGGCAUAUGCCGACCAUCAAGCAGUCCUUGGUCUAGUCCAUUACAUCUGGCCAAGAAAAAAAAAUGUCGAAUGGAGACCGAGUGGGGACUAUCGUGCUUUAAAUGCAGCCACAUUACCGGAUAG